AUUACAAUUUUUUUAUGUUUUGAAAUUUUGAUUUGAAAACUAUUUCCACGUGUUUUUAAGUUUGACGCGGUUAAUGUAAAAUAAGAAUUAAUAUAUAGAACAAAAUGAAAGUAUUAUCAGAAGAUAGGACGAGGAAACUAUUCGAAAAGUUAACAAAAUAUAUUGGUGUGAACGUCAAACUACUAAUAGACAGACCAGAUGGCACGUACUGCUUCAGGGAGAAAAAAGACAGAGUGUACUACAUAUCGGAGAGGUUACUGCAGCUGGCCCAGACCGUCAAACCUGACCACCUCAUUUCUGCAGGGACAUGCUUCGGAAAGUUUACAAAGACAAACAAGUUCAGGUUACAUAUCACAGCCUUGACAUAUAUAGCACCAUACGCACCAUACAAAAUAUGGGUGAAGCCAUCAGCAGAACAACAGUUUUUGUAUGGACACCAUGUUAUUAAGAGCGGUCUCGGCAGGAUAACGGAAAACGUUCCUAAACACCAAGGCGUGGUAAUAAACACCAUGUCAGACAUACCCAUAGGAUUUGGCGUAGUCGCACGUUCCACCACAGAGUGCAGACACGCCGAUCCUCUAGCCACCAUUGCAUUCCACCAGGCAGAUAUAGGGGAAUACAUCCGGUCGGAGGACACAUUGGUCUAAGACACCAUAAAAGAUAUUAUGGAUUAGGGUAUAAUGGAGAUAUUUUAAAUACAUUUAAGAAUUAA